AUGGCUGAACCUGGCCGGCCCAACCACCCCACCUCGUCGUCCUUCUCCUCGCUACAGGAGCGAGGGGGAUCGUGGCGCCCAUCCGGCCACCGACCGACGCCGUGUCGAUCAUCGGCCGACGUCGCCCCCCUAUUUAGCCGAUGCCUCUCCCCCGGCGCAAACCCUAGCUACUCUUUCCCCGCUCCUCAGAUCCGCCCCUCGGCCUCGUUCGCCAUCACCGCCUUCUGCCCGAGGCCGCCCGACGCCGUCGUCGCCAUGACCACCGACGCCCGUGCGCUCUCCGCCCUUCCCGCCACCUAUGAGGUCGUCCGCCAGCUCCGCUGGGUACCGCUGCUUCGCCUACGACCAGAGGAUCGAGCCGGAGCGCCCCAUCAUCGCCCUGCUGGUCCUGCUGCGCUGCACUGCUGCCGCGACGCUGCAGCCAUCCGCCACCGCGUCCCCGGCCGCACCGAUGUGCCGCCCACGCCGGCCCACGCCGUCACCCCUGCUGUUGCUGCAGCCCGACCGCGACCCUCCCCCGCCUCGCCUGGCCUCACCGCGUCGCGCACGCCCGCCAUACCCCAUGCACGCGCGCCCGUGCGAGGCUGCGGCUCCGCUGCGGCGCUGACUGCCCGCCGCUCGUGGCUCCGGCUAGCCGCGCCGGACCCUACCCCAUGCCCGCGCGGCGCCCGGGCUCCAUCCCCGCUCGCCAGCACCGCCGCCUCCCGUUGUUGCCGUGCCUGCGCCGCGCCUGUUGCGCCCCGCCGCUCGCUGCCUAGCCGCACGCCCGCCAGCGCCCCGCCGUGGUCGUGGCCGUCGCUCGGUUCCACCCCGACGGGCGCUCCCGCAAGCGCCCAGACGGGCUGGCGCCCGUGGCCCCAUUAG